AAAGACGCCGCUACUCUCGCGUUGUCCACCAACAGACACUCCGACAAUUCGGUCUCAUCACAACAUCAUCAGGGCGUUUCAGGCAACGCUCGGACACACAGCAGCUCAGUCGUUAUCUCGGAAUUGUUCCACCCUUAACGGGACGACAGUUCCUUUUCAUACAGACGACAUGAAAUGUUGAUGUGGUAAAAAUGAACAAACCCAAAAUGGCCACAGAGAAGGGUGUUCCCAGUAACUCCAGGGUGCUGAUGCUCCUGGGUCAACUAGAGAGGAUGAAUGGAGAGGCCAUGGUGAGGGAUGUCGAAAUGGCGAGACAGGUCACUACAAAGAUCCUUCAUCUCAUACAGACACAGGAGAAGAGUGGAAAAGAGGUCAUGUCCAAAAGCUCCAGUGGCAUGGAAGUCAUCCUGGCUUCAUUGGAGAAUACCAGGGAUGUCCAGACCACACUGAACAUUCUGUACAUUCUUAGUGAGCUGCUAACUGUGGGCAGAGGUCGCAGGGUGGGAGUGUUUGUCUCAAAGGGAGGAACGGGAAUUUUAUUCCAGAUUCUGAUCACUGCCAGUAAAGAUUUGCCUCCCAGUGAGGAACUCAUGCUGCAACUUCACUCCCUGCUGGCCAAGGUUGGCCCGAAAGACAGAAAGUUUGGCGUGAAGGCACGUCUGAGUGGAGCUCUGAAUGUCACCAUCAGCUUAAUGAAACAGAACCUACAGAAUACCAAGCUACUUCUGCCUUGCCUGCAGGUUCUCAGAGUUUAUUCUACCAACUCGGUCAAUGCUAUUUCUUUGGGCAAGAAUGGCGUGGUCGAACUUAUGUUCAAAAUUAUCGGUCCUUACUGCAAGAAGAACACCAGCCUGCUCAAGGUAGCUCUGGACGCACUGGGAGCACUGCUCAAAUCCAAAACUAAUGCCCGUCGUGCUGUAGAUGGGGGCCAUGUGCCUGUCUUGCUUUCUCUGUACCUGGAUUGGCAUCGCAAUGACACGCGACAUCGCCACAUGCUGAUUCGCAAAGGACUGCUGGUCUGCCUUAGGAACAUUACCAACAUCAAACUGGGAAGGAAGGCAUUCAUAGAGGCUGAUGGCAUGAGGAUCCUGUACAAUUCAUCGACCGAGUGUCUCCCUGUGCGAACUCUGGAUCCUCUGGUCAACACUUCAAGUCUCAUCAUGAGAAAGUGUUUUCCUAAGAACCGUCUGCCUCUGCCCACCAUCAAAUCAGCCUUCCACUAUCAGCUGCCACAUGUACCUGCUGUAGGGCCUGUGGCACAGCUGUACAGUCAACCUCCUGGGGGAAGAACAAGUCAUCAGCUCAGCAGCAAGCCCUUAAACAAGGUGGAUGAUGUGGUUGAUGAAAGUGAUGAUAACGAGGAGACCGAGGCAGACAGUGAUACUGAGAAUGAAGAGGAUGAGAAAGAUCACCACUCUGCGAAUGAUGACAUUGAAACAGACCUAAACAAGCUACAUCCCAAAAAGAGCCCUGGCCGUCCUUUCGAAGAGUUGCGAGUUUAUGAGAGAUUCUUCCUGGAGCUAUCUGAGGAUUUUCAGGGGUUUAACUUUGAAUGCUCAAAGAAUGCCUCCACCACAUCUUCAUCUGCAUCCGUCUCCUCAUCAUCAGCCUCAACUCGAUCCACUCGGCCAAUCGUAGUGCCCACAGCUCAAGCCCUGUCUCCAAAAAGCAUCCCCAUACCAAACUCUCAGGAGGAUUGCAAAUCUAUCAAAGGACAGCACACUCAGCCACCUCCUUCUGCUCCCACACCAACCCCUCCUGUUCCUCUAACACCUCUAGAGCUGGACACGAUCCACCUCACCAAGGACCAAGACAAAAAAGAGGAGGCCAACAUUCCUACUCCAGAUGGACAUACGACCUUCACCAGACCUCCUUCUCAAGGGCAGAGGAUUGAACAGGAACUAGCACAUGCAUUAGAAUGUGCCUCUCUAGAAGAGGACAGGGCUCUGAAUGCAGAAGAAGGCUUAAAGGGGGUCAAACAGGAGGGCUCUCCAGUCAACGCUAUGAGGCACAUACAGUCCCCUCUGCUCUUGGGGGGCAUCGCUACACGCCGUGUGGGAGGUGGAGGCAGUAAUUGGGGUUCAGAUUGUGGCUCAGAAGGUGCUGAGGAUGAGGCAGGGGAAGGAGCAGUCCUGGAGGUGCCAGACACGGCCCUCCUCCUGCCACUGCAUGACCCUGACCUGUACGUGGAGAUGGUGAAGGGGACACACUCUGUUCCACAGUAUGCUGAAGUGGCUUACCCAGACUACUUUGGCCAUGUAGCUCCGACAUUUAGGGAACCCCUUCUGGAGAGAGUUUACGGUGUACAGAGGUCCAAGAUAUUCCAGGACAUUGAGAGGUUGAUCCAUCCUAACGAUAUCUUGGAUAAAGUGGUUUAUGAUCUGGACAUUCCCAGUUGUCCUGUGAUUGAAGACAAUGGUGAAUCACUGAAGUUCAACUCUCAGUUUGAGUCUGGUAACCUCAGGAAGGCGGUUCAAGUUAGAAAAUAUGAGUAUGACCUUGUGUUGAAUUCAGACAUCAACAGUAAUCACUACCACCAGUGGUUUUACUUUGAAGUGAGCGGCAUGCGUGUUGGAACCACCUACCGCUUCAACCUCAUCAACUGUGAGAAGUCAAACAGCCAGUUCAACUAUGGCAUGCAGGUGCUGAUGUACUCGGUGCAGGAGGCGAUCAGUGGCAGGCCUCGCUGGGUCAGAACAGGAACAGACAUCUGUUACUACAAGAAUCAUUUUGCAAGAAGUUCCAUUGCAGCUGGUGGUCAAAAGGGAAAAUCCUAUUAUACAAUGACCUUCAGCAAAAACUUCAGCCAUAAGGAUGACGUCUGCUACUUUGCUUAUCAUUACCCUUAUACAUACUCUACACUUAAGAUGCACUUGUCCAAACUGGAGGCUUUGAGAACACCUCAGAUCUACUUGAGACAGGACAUACUGUGUGAAACCCUCGGGGGAAACAGCUGCCCCCUUCUCACCAUCACUGCCAUGCCAGAGUCGAACUCCAAUGAUCACAUCUGUCAGUUUAGGAAUCGUCCAUUGAUCUUCUUGUCGGCCAGAGUGCACCCUGGAGAGACCAAUGCCAGCUGGGUAAUGAAGGGCACAUUGGAGUUCCUGAUGGGCACCAGCCCACUGGCAGCCAGCCUGAGGGAGGCUUACAUUUUCAAGAUAGUCCCCAUGCUCAACCCUGAUGGAGUUGUAAAUGGAAAUCAUCGUUGUUCUCUGAGUGGAGAGGAUUUGAAUCGCCAGUGGCAGAAUCCCAGUCCUGAGCUCCAUCCCACCAUCUACCACACUAAGAGCCUGCUGCAGUACCUUGCACACAUACAAAGGGCACCACUGGUGUUCUGCGACUACCACGGUCAUUCCAGGAAGAAGAACGUGUUCAUGUAUGGCUGCAGUGUGAAGGAGACAGUCUGGCAGUCCAGUAUCAGUGCAACAUCGAGCUACUUGCAAGAGGACCUUGGAUACAGGGCGCUUCCUAAGAUCCUGUCCCAGAUUGCUCCAGCCUUCAGCAUGGCGAGCUGCAGUUUUGUUGUGGAGCGCUCCAAAGAGUCAACCGCCCGCGUAGUUGUGUGGAGAGAGAUUGGUGUACAACGCAGCUACACUAUGGAGAGCACGCUCUGUGGCUGUGACCAGGGCAAAUAUAAGGGUCUUCAGAUCGGCACCAGGGAGCUGGAGGAGAUGGGAGCUCAGUUCUGCAUGGCCCUGCUGAGGCUCAAGAGGCUGACGGGGCUCCGCAACCACCAACACCUGCUGGAUUUAGAGAGUGACAUCAUUGGGACACAGACUAAAGUGGCCAGCAGCUGCCCCACUACCUAUGUGAUGGAGGAAGAUGAGCCGUCCUUUCUGGAAGCGAUAGACUACAGCGCAGAGAGCAACGAUGAGGAUGCAGAGCCUGAAAACGAGCACGCUGGUGAAGUUCACGAGCAUCCCGAUCACCUCGAUCAGCUGUCGGACUCAGACACUAAUCACAGGGACUAGUGCUGAGGUGUUCAUCUCCUCCAUACCUGGCUAUUGGAGCUUAUAACCAGCCAGUGCCUGGGUUGAUAGCGUGUCUAAAAUAAAUACACAGGUGAAAUAGUCAGAACCCACACGUCUCACUUUGACUGGUGAAUAAAUAGAAUAGAUUUACACCUGACCCUAUUGUAUAGACACUUAAUAAUGGUACGAGGUGCUCUCCUCCCAGAUGGAUUUGUUUUGUUGGAGUUGACCUGUCGCUCCUGUACUCCACCUGCCUUUCACUUCUGAUGGACUGACAAUAGGCACAGUAAAAAUCAGGAUGUAUUUCAAUGAAUGUUUCCACCUUUCACCACUAUACUAUAACCUCCAUGAGCUGUAAACCUUGACCUCAGACACCAUAUAGCCUCUGAGAUUCACAUAUAGCUAUCCAGAGCUGCAAACAGCAGGUACCGCCGAUGCUUAACUUGAACCCUUGUUCACUUGUCCUUUUUCCAAAGUCAAUCUUACAAUGAAGCGACUUUCCAGAGCUGAGCUAGUGUUACAGAGCCAGUGGCUUCUGUAGUGUUUGAGCCUCCUCUCAACUGUGACACUGUUUGAUGAAAACACUUGUCCAGCUGAUGGAGGGGAAACUGGAUCUCCCCCACCGACGAGCUUAGAGAUCCAACCCACCUGCCUUCUUAUUUCCUUUAUUCAGUCUUACCCUGCACUUUAACUUUAUACUCCUGUAGUUGGUUUAGGACUUCCUUGCUUCCCUCCUUCUUUGCUUCUCUGUUUUUAUUUCCCCAACAAGCCAAGGUAUCUGUGUCUAAAUGGGAUGCAGGGACGACCAAACAGCUAUCAUCCCAAGCGUCUCAUGCAGAAAAACCGACUCAGAUGUUACCACACUUGAGCUGUGACCUCACUUCCGCUCCUCUGUAACGCCUCCCUCUUUGGCCACAGUGCUAAUGGUCCGAUCACCCAUGAGCUGUUUGCCUUGCUUUAUCCAAAACAGAAACUGUUUAUAUCACACAAAUGUAGAAUGUUCACGUCUUUAUGACAGACCUUGUACAAUGCAGAUGUAAACACCACAAACUAACACAGGUUUGAGUUCCUUUAUCAUCACGCACAACCAUGAAACAUUUUAAAAGAAUGUAUAAUAUCAACGUGCACUCUUGGUGUUUUCGUUGUUUUUAAAAAUAGUAUUAUAAAGCUGUAAUGAACAAGACGCAUGAGCCGCAGAGAGCAGGAAACCCUGCUGCACCUUGGACAAACACAGUACAUUUAAAAUAAACGCAAACCAACUGAACAAGAGUCACUUUACAUGUCACAGUUUGCAAACCUCAACUUCAGUCACCUCAGUAGUUUUAAGUUCUCAGAGUCAGAGUAGUGCUUUAAAAGUUAUACUGGAAUUUUGUUUCCUUUUAAUCCUUCCCUCCUGUGUGUACAUUUUGUGGAUUUACUUAGGAGAGACCCAUGCAUAAAAACAGAUGGUGCUGUGUAUCAAGAGUAUAAAAUGGGUUGUUUUCUUUCUCCAUUUAUGGAGAUGAGGUAUGUUUCUGUUGCAUUUGUACAUAUAGCGCAUGGCUCUUUUUUUAAUUUAUUGAAUAUUGUUUCUGGGAUGCAUCCUGUAUGUAUGCGAGUCAUUUUCAGUGUGUGUGUGUGUGUGUGUGUGUGCGUGCAGGAGUUUAAGUUAUUCCAUUAUUCAGCUCAGCUAAUGCUCUUAAAGUGUGUUUCUUCUUUCAAUUUGAUUAUCCACUCUCACUCUCCUUCACUCUCCCCAAUAAUUUUCUCUCUCUCCUUCCUUCUAAAUCCCUUUCGCUCCUCGUUUUAUGUCUUUCUCUCAGCUCUACUUCCUUUCAAAUUUUGCUCAUGAACAUCUUAGAAACCCAGCGACAGUGUUGUGCUGGGUGCAUGUUUGUGUGUGUGAGGGAUACACAAUGUGUAAUGUAUGUGGAAAUCAUGUCAGUACAACAUGACAACUGUGUAUGCUGUUCUGUUUAUCUCUGUAGCAGUUUAUGUUGACACAACACUGGGCUACUUUUGUUUUGUUUGAAGGUAAACAAGUGGAGAUAGCAGCUCAUAUUAAGUUGAUUGUAAUGCAGAAAAUUGAAGCUCAGAAUGAAGACAUGGGAAAUAAAAUGUGAAUAUAGUUAA